UCUUCUUCGCUGUCCCCUCCCUCGGCUCUUCCUCUCCAUCCUCUGCUGUUUCGCUGUCUAAUCCUCUCUCUCUUUCUCUCUCUCUCGCUUUCUCUUGCAGAGCGAAACUCCCCUUUUUCCCAUACCACCUCUCCUUUCUACUUCCUUCCCCCUCUGUCCAUUUCCUUUCAUAUUCAUCCCUGCUUCUCCUCUUCCUCUCUUCCUCUUCUCCUCUUAUAGAAGAGUUCCCCCUCUCCCUCCCCCUCUCUCUCUCUCCCUCUCCCUCUCCCUCAUACAGAUUCGGAGCCCACCCUCUCUCGCUUUCUUUCUUUCUCUCUCUUGCUCUUUCUCUCUCUUUCCCUGUGUCCCUCCCCUUCCCUCUUUACGUUUCCCCCUCCCUCCAUCCUCUCUUUCCCUCGCUGGUUCAGUAAGUAAAGAAAGAGAUACACGGAAGCAAAGAAAAGGGGGAAAGGCAGGACGAGAGAGAGCAGGAGUGGGGCAGGCUGGGGCGAGGGGUGUGGGGUCUCAGCCCUCUGUUGUGGGGGGUGGGGGGUUGAGAUACACCCCACCUGUUUGUUCUCACUACCAUGGACUGCCUCUGCAUUGUGACUACAAAGCCCAUUCACAGUCUCCCAUCGCUCUCUCUCUCUUUCUAUUCCUCCGUCCCUCCUUUCCUCCUUUACUACGGGCGUCUGAGAGGCUGUUUUUCUGUGUGUCUCGCUCAUGAAGGGCCGCAACAAGCUCCCUUCGCUCUGCUCGUGUGUGAAGUACCGGUACCAGGAUGAGGAGACACCCCCCUUGGAGCACAGUCCAGCCCAUUUGGGUCAAGGGAAAAGUGCUGAGAUGCUUCACAUGAGCGAUAAGAACCUCGCCGCCAUGGAGGCAAUGCAUGGCUACACGCCGCACACACACAUCUCCCCUAUCAAGCCGGUGUUGAUGUCAUCAGGCCACACUCCUAUGUACACCUCUGCUGUUUCCACACUGGGAAAUUCUCCCCCAGUGGUGGUGAACACUGACACACUUGACGGCUCCCCCUACGUCAACGGGACAGAGGGGGAAAUUGAGUAUGAAGAGAUUACACUGGAAAGAGGUAACUCAGGCCUGGGCUUCAGUAUAGCUGGGGGGACAGAUAACCCUCAUGUUGGUGAUGACCCCAGCAUCUUCAUCACCAAGAUCAUCCCUGGAGGAGCUGCGGCCCAGGACGGACGGCUGAGUGUGAAUGACAGUAUCCUGUUUGUGAAUGAUGUUGAUGUGAGGGAGGUGACCCACAGUCUGGCUGUAGAAGCUCUGAAGGAGGCGGGGGCCAUCGUCCGCCUCUACGUGCUGCGCAGGAAACCAGCCGCAGAGAAAGUUACAGAGAUCAAACUCAUCAAAGGGCCCAAAGGUUUAGGUUUCAGCAUCGCUGGAGGAGUGGGUAACCAGCACAUUCCAGGAGACAACAGCAUCUAUGUCACUAAGAUCAUCGAGGGUGGAGCUGCUCACAAGGACCAGCGGCUGCAGAUAGGGGAUAAGAUACUGGCGGUGAACAGUGUGUGUCUGGAGGACGUGAUGCAUGAGGAUGCAGUGGGAGCCCUGAAGAACACAGCUGAGGUGGUUUACCUCAGAGUGGCCAAGCCUAACAACCUCUACCUGAACUCCUACAACCCCCCUGACCUCACCAGCACAUACUCCCCUCACAUGGAUACAGAUCUUGGCCCCACCUACCUUGGAUCAGAUUACCCACAAGCUCUCACUCCCACCUCGCCCAGUCGCUUCUCUCCGGUGUUGCACAGCUUGAUGGGGGAUGAAGACCUUCCCAGUCUCCUCCUUCCCCUCCAUUUCUCCUCGUCUCUCCCUGACUCCCCGUCCCUCUGCCUCUUCCCUGCUCUCUCUGUCAGGGAGCCUAGGAGAGUGCUGAUCCACCGGGGAUCUACGGGCCUGGGUUUUAACAUCGUGGGAGGAGAGGAUGGAGAGGGGAUCUUUAUCUCCUUCAUCCUGGCAGGGGGGCCUGCCGACCUCAGCGGAGAGCUGCGCAAGGGCGACCAGAUCCUCAGCGUAAAUGGAGUGGACCUGCGUAUCGCCACCCAUGAGCAGGCUGCUGCAGCCCUGAAGAACGCUGGCCAGACUGUCACCAUCAUUGCCCAGUACAGACCAGAGGAAUACAGCCGUUUCGAAGCGAAGAUCCACGACCUGAGGGAACAGCUGAUGAACAGCAGCAUGGGUUCUGGUCAGACAACACUGAGGAGCAACGCCAAGAGAGGCUUCUACAUCAGGGCCCUGUUUGACUAUGAUAAGACAGCAGACUGUGGUUUCCUGAGCCAGGCGGUGGGCUUCAGGUUCGGUGACGUGCUCCAUGUCCUGGACUGUGGUGAUGAGGAGUGGUGGCAGGCCAGACGGGUCAGCCCGCAGACAGAAGCUGAGGAGAUUGGCUUUAUUCCCAGCAAACGCAGGGUAGAAAGGAAAGAGUGGUCUCGCAUGGGCACCAAAGAAAGGGAUCGCAGUCGAGACAGCCUCGGGUCUCAAGGGAGGGAUGAUUCUCAACACAGCUAUGAAACAGUCACACAAGUGGAGGUCCAUUAUGCCAGGCCCAUCAUAAUAUUGGGUCCCAUAAAGGACAGGGUAAAUGAUGACCUGCUGUCGGAGUUCCCUGACAAGUUUGGAUCUUGUGUCCCUCAUACCACACGGCCCAAGCGUGAGUACGAGGUGGACGGGCGGGACUACCACUUUGUGUCGUCACGGGAACAAAUGGAGAAGGACAUCCAGAGCCACCGUUUCAUCGAGGCGGGCCAGUACAACAGCCACCUGUACGGCACCAGCGUUCAGAGCGUCCGCCAGGUGGCAGAGCAGCAAGGAAAACACUGUAUACUGGACGUGUCGGCCAAUGCUGUCCGCAGACUACAGGCCGCUCAGCUUCACCCCGUCGCCAUCUUUGUCCGGCCCAAGUCACUGGAGAAUGUCCUAGAGAUCAACACUCGACUGACAGAAGAGCAGGCCAGAAAGGGCAUGGACCGCGCUCUCAAACUGGAACAGGACUUUCUAGAGUGUUUCUCAG